AUGUUAAAGAGAAACUCCCAUCGUCAAUCUGACAAUUAGUUAAGAUAUUCGUCAUUGACUAAAAAUGAUGAAUCAGAGUUUAAUCUAGGAAAAUUUCGGGGGAGUGUCUAUUCAAAGAUGUAGCAAUUAGGCAAUUAAGAGUAAUAGUCUUAUGUGAAGGGUACUGUCUCAAAAACUGCUAAAUCUUCAUAAGUUUAAGAAAUGAGGGGAAGUGUUCCAUCAUUUGAAGAUAUUUUUAAAAAGAUGUAUUCAUACAAAGACAAUUCACAUAAUAUAUUGAAACAUGAUGGAUCUUUGAGGUCUAGUAUUUAAUGCAAAAUCGAGCAGUUUGCCGAACCACCCUAGAGCAGAUUAUCCUAGAGAUCAGUUGGGAUGACUUUGCACAUUUCUAAUCGAUUUGCAUCUUAAACUAAAUUGGAUUCUAAAUAGCAAUCUACAGGGAAAUUCACUUCAAGUUUUAUGGAAAAGCCUAUCAUUUCUUAACCGCUGAAAACAAGUCUUAUCGAUAAAUUGCCAUUAAAAGAACUAUCUGAUAUUAGAAAUAGACUUGAAGGGAGUACAUAGAGUGAAGUAUAAUAACUGUCCAAGAAUUAUGUGUCUGAAUUGGUGAAAUUGGCACAAAUCAUAAAUAAAUAAGUGAGAAGAUGCAAAUUAUGA